AUGCCAUCACAUGACUCUGACGUCAGUGGCUUGGCAUCCCUGCCCGAAUUGAGUAAUGAAGACGCUCGGCACCCAAAGGGGUAUUAUCGUGGCUGGUCCGACCUCCCGGGUUCUUCCGGGACCUUCUUUUUCGCCCUCGCAACCCCGGCCGGCGCGACAGACUUGCCUAACUGGGCCUAUCUCCUUCGUCUCCGUUUCUUCGCUUCUUCUUCUUCUUCUUCUUCUCUUCUUCUCUUCCUUCACUCUGCUUCCUUUUUAUACCACCUCGCCUCCCUCAUACCCACUUCUUUUACUUCUCUCGAUCAUACAGCUUGCUCGACUUGCUCAACUUGCUCAACUUUACCUCCCAAGAGAGUACUUCUUGCGCAUAUCCCUGCUGCUCGUCUCGCCAUAUAUGCCCGGCCGGCUGCUCGACUGGACAUCAAUCACACUGCAACACUCGAUAUUGCUCACAGGAAAGACUCAACAGACACGUUUGUAGAGACAGCUCGUCGUCAACACCUUCAUACCCUCGUCUAUCUCUCCCAAGCGGAGGGCAUGGCCCAUGCAAAGGCACUCGCAAUUACAGAACUGAACAUCGACGCUGAUUUCACCUCGUCAUCGCCCGUCUUGGACCACGAAGAGCAUGGACCGAUGUAUCCCCUGGCUGGCAGCAACGGAUUAGCCCGUCGACAUUCCCCCAGCGGCCUCUCUGCUGCUACUGUUGCUGCUGCUGCUGCUGCGGCCAGGAAGGAAGAACUGGAACAGUCAUGGACGCCACACGUUCCAACCCCACCCAUCAGCGUCCCUUACCCAGAGGACAAACACCAUGACCCCUCUGCCAUCGACGAGGAUAUCGAGUAUUCUCACGAUCCUCGAUAUGAGAACCCCUCGCCCCUGGGCCGUCACUUUGGCCGGAAGCGAAGGCCCUCCAUCAGCUUCAACCCCCAGGUAACAUUGGAAACCGGUGACCAGGUUGGCCUGGAAGAACCCAUCAGGAACCUCGGAAGGAAGAGCCAGCUGGGAGCCAGGUCUGCCUCUGGUCCUGGCUCGUCAGAGCUCCAACAGCUCUACGCCAAAGCUGCCCCUGGUCCUGCCCCUGAGCGAGGAAUCCAGCCAGAGUCCAGCAAUGAAGAGGAUGACUACCACAAUCAGAGUCAUCGCCAUCGUCACCAUCACCAGGGCCGCCGUCGUAAUGACAGCUCUGGUGACGAAUUUUCCCAGGACAGCCAUUCUCCUCGAGCCUCCCCGCUCUCAGAGGUCUUCUCCGCUGACUCUGACCUUCCACGCCCGACAUCGUUGACCUCCCUCUCGACGGCAUCCCCUAUCUCGGAUGAGCUACGAACGCCCCCAGACUCACGUCAGGGAAGCCUUACUUCCCCCUUUCUCUCCUCCCCGAACCUUCGUCGUCAUGGUUCGAUCGAUAGCGAAGGUGACUCCUGGCCAAGCCUGAGCCGUCACCUCUACGGGAGCCUCACCGAGAGCUACUCCUUUGGUCGACGGGCCAGCAGCCUACGACAAUCUAUGCGACCUUACCCUCGCAAGUCUCCCAACAUGAGCGGCAAGUCACCAGCCAGCGCUUUUCUCUCGACCAUGAAUCGUGAAGAUGCUCCCGCUCCAAAGCCCGACGAUGAAGGGCAGGUGGUUGGACAGGACUACGUUAUUGGCAAGCAGAUUGGAUUUGGAGGCUUCAGCACCGUUAAGGAGGCAUUCAAAGUCACCGACGAAGGCCAGACGAUACGGCACGCGGUCAAGAUUGUCAAGAAAUACCUUUCAGGCAAAAGCGAAAGGGAAAACGACCAGGCCCAGGCUGAAUUUGACCAUGAAGUCCGCAUCUGGCGAUACCUAAACCACCCACACGUACUGCCGCUAGACGCGGUCUACGAAACCGACUACGCUACAUUCUGCUUCACAAAACUGACCGAAGGAGGGUCUCUAUUCGACCUGGUGAAGAAAAAACGCCAGGAUAUUCCCCUUUCUCAUGCAAAACAUUACGCCUACCAGCUGGCAUGCGCUCUUAGAUAUCUACACGAGGAUGCCCGGGUUGUUCACAGGGACAUCAAGUUGGAGAACUGUCUUUUGGAGCCAAAGGGCUCAGACGAACUCCCGAGUCUGAUCCUCUGUGAUUUUGGCAUGGCGGAAUGGAUGACAACCGACACAUGCAGCUCUCCAGACCCUUACGACAACGCCGCCGAUCGGCCUCCACCCAGAACUAUCGGCCCCUCAGACACAAGUACCAGCGUGGCCGGCAGUCUAGAAUACGCCUCCCCCGAACUUCUAAUGGCCAACGUCGGAGUGCUUGACCCCGUCGUUGAUAUCUGGGCGUUUGGUGUCGUUGCCUACUCUCUCAUCGUCGGCUCCCGGCCAUUUCAGAGCUCCUUCCAGCCUCGCAUCCAAACCAACAUCUUAGCUGGAAAAUGGGACCGCAACGCUGUCUUGGCCUCCUUGGACGAAUCUGAAAAGGACGACCGCAUGGACGCUCUCGAGAUGAUCGAGGGCUGCCUUGAAAUGGACCCAAUCAAACGAUGGACGAUCUCCGAGGUCCUUGCUUGCAGAUGGUUUCAGAGCUGCACAGACACCUCUGAACUUGCCACCCGUCUCAAUCGAUGGGGUUUCUCUUCUACCUAA